AUGAACACCACCAAUGGUUCCUCGUUGUCCACCUCUGAGCGCACCUCCACCCUGCGCCCGCGCACCCGCCGACUGAUCUCGGUCGAGGACGACAUCUACGCCCCCGACGACGCCGACGGCUUCGGCUCACGCGCUGCCUCGCGGAUUGCCUCGCGGACGGCCUCGCCUGCCCAAGCCACCCCAACCCCGGCUCCCUCCGCCUUCCUGAGGUCCGCCGGCGUCCAGGCGUCCAGGGCCACGCGAGACACGUCGUCGACGCUCUCGGGGCUAUGGGGGAACUCCUGGUCCGCCGUCCAGGGCCUCGCAGCCAACGUCCUCGGCCAUGAAGCCACGCCCGCCGCCGAAGCAGCCGCUCGACGACGCAAGCCCGUCCACGCACGACGCACCUCCGCCAGCGCCCCGCCGCCGAAGCACUGGGGCCCCGCGGGCGCAGGCUCGCACGUGGGCGCCGGCACGCGCGAGGAGCGCGAGGCCAUGGUGCGCGCCAUGAAGCGGAAGGACCUGCUCGAUGCCACUGAGCACCUGCAGCCCGACUCGAUUGGCCGCAUGAAGCGCAGAAACUCGGACGACCGCACAAGCGCCUCCGCGCCCCCGGGAGAGAACGACCACGGCGACGCACUCAUCUACAUCCACCACGUCACGAAGCAGGACACCCUGGCUGGCGUCUGCAUCAAGUACAACUGCGAGCAGGCCGUGCUGCGCAAAGCCAACCGCAUGUGGCCCAACGACACCAUCCUCUCCAAGAAGACAAUCGUGCUCCCCGUCGAUGCCUGCGGGGUCAAGGGGCGACCCGUGCAGGGGCCCGACGCCCUCCCAGAAGAGGACUUGCUCCUGGGAGAGUACCGCGCGGCCUCGAGCAAGAAGCCAGACAUCCAAGGUCUGCCCAAUGGCUGGACCACACCGAAACAGAAAGCCACCGACUCCGGCUCCGUCGUAUCCUCCACAGACACUGCAGAACACCCCUGGAAACACGACUCGUGGGUCCUCCUCCCCAACGACAAACAGCCCACACAAAUCGCGCGCAUGCCCCGUCGAGCCCUUGGUUUCUUUCCGCCCGCUCGCCGGAAAUCCGUCGCCUACUCAGACGCCGCGUCAACCCCACGCGCUUCCGUCGACCUCCCGCGCUCCUCGACCUCCACCAACCCAAACGCACACCCCGGCUCUCCUUGUCAGCCCACCCGCCCCCGCGCCUCAAGCAACCUCUCCUCCCUCUCCGCACACAGUCGCCAGCGCAGCACCUCAGGCCAACAGCAGCCUCCGAAACCCUGGCUUUCCGGACCCGGCGGCGUCGGCACGCUGGGUCGAAACGUGCGCAGUCCUGGGCCUGCUCAAGACGGGCUCAACAAGAUGUUCGCAGCGCAUCUGCCCAGCAUGGCCCCUCCACCCGGCCAAGAAUACUUCACGCCGUGGGCCCCGUCGCUCUUGGAUGUCGACGGCGCGCGAGGUGCGGGAUCAGGCGUCGUCACCCCUGCAGGCGGGGACAUCAACUUCCAAGAGAUUGGCGGUGCGAUAGAAGGCUGGGUGAGAAAAGUCAGUUCCCAGGCGCAGAAGCUGCUCAGCGAACCGAGCACGCCUGGAGGCAGGCGAUCUGCCGUGCCGGGCGUGAGCACCGGACGGGGAGGGGGCCUCGGCGAUCUCAUCGAGCUGCAAGACGACGCCUUCGAGAUUGGCGACGGCGAGGACGAGCGAGGCCGCCCCCGAGACGGCCUGUCGGUUCCUCCCCUCUCCACCGAGCGCCCCUCGUCUCGGAGCCAGCACUCUCAGAGCUCAAGAAACGACAUCAAUCUCGUCUUGCGCGAGAGGAGCCGCAGGCGCGACGGCACCAAGACGGACUGA